AUGAAACAUGUCAAAUCAGGUCUCGUCCAAUCACAGCGCAGCGUCAGCACCUCUAUCACCAUCCUAAAGACUCCCAUCAUGCCUCUGGCAGAAUACUGUGGUAUGUUCCGGAAAUUUGUGUCCAACGACCAAUCAGACGAAGAAGAGGAGACAGAGGGCCACGCCCACAGCCACGCCCACUCCCAGGCAAUCGCGAGCUCGCUGAUCCGACAGAAGCGAGCGGCACGAGAGACUGUUGCAGAGCGGAAACCGACCAAUAAGAUUCGAUCAAGCCCGAGCAAAGAACCCCGCCGCCCGCGGCAGCUGUGCCCACAGCGCCUGCUGCGUCUGUGCGCCAAGAUCCAGGUGUGUCCACGGCGAGAGAAGCCCACACAGCGCAAACGCACAGGGGAGCAGCUGAAGGGCAUCGUCACGCGUCUCUUCUCGGAGCAGGGUUUCUAUCUCCAGAUGCUGCAGGACGGAACCAUCAGAGGCAGCAAGGACGAGACCAGUGACAACACGCUCUUUAACUUGAUCCCCGUGGGGCUGCGUGUGGUGGCGAUUCAGGGCGUGAAGGCAUCGCUGUAUGUGGCCAUGAACGCAGAAGGAUUCCUCUAUUCAUCUGACAUCUUCACCCCUGAAUGUAAAUUUAAAGAGUCGGUGUUUGAGAACUACUAUGUGAUCUACUCGUCCACCGUGUAUCGUCAGCACGAGUCUGGGCGUGCAUGGUUCCUGGGUCUGAACAAGGAAGGAACCAUCAUGAAGGGGAACCGUGUGAAAAAGACCAAGCCCUGCUCCCACUUUGUCCCACGCCCCUUACAAGUGUGCAUGUAUAAGGAGCCGUCUCUCCAUGAGCUGGAGGAGAAGCUGAAAUCCUCCAGGAGCCCCACUCUGAACAGCGGGAGAAGUAUGAGAGUCAUCUCCCAGCACCAGGAGGACCAGGAGAACCAGGAGGACCAGAGCGAGAGGAGCCAAGUGGAGGCCCAGCAAUCAUAG